AUGUCGCAUACGUAAGUGCUUAAUCUCUCUGGGUGGGCGGGGAUGUCAAAAGCUUCUUGCAGUCUUUGUCAAAAUUACCCAGGAAAGCAUACUUGAAGCACUAUGAUCAUCUCCAAUUCCCUAAGAGCUUUCUUUGCCUUCAACCUUUUACCUCUUUUGCUCGCAAUCUCUGGGCAGCGGCAGUGUUGAGCGUAGAGCCUUCUCCCCAGUCCAGUCCAGACUCCAGAGGCAUUUGAUGUUUCAGUUGGGGCUUACCCACGUGUGACGUGCCCUUUCCAACCCAAUUAUAUUUAAGAAGAGGCAAAGAGAUUGACAGAUGGUGUUGGUGUCUUCUCGCAGCGCCAUACCUGCAAAUUUCCCCUGGUUCUCUUGCAUCAGGAACCUCUUGCUGAGAUCUUCAUCAUCUCCAUCGUCAUUGUCCCCAAUGGAUGAUAAUAAGGAGCAGCAGCAGCAGAGAGUGGUGGUGUGUGGAGGUGGAGUCAUCGGCGUGUGUAGUGCGUAUUUCCUGGCGAAGAAGGGGGCAGCCGUCACUCUUGUCGAGAAGUCCUCGAUCGCCUGCGCUGCCUCAGGUAAGGCCGGUGGCUUCCUUGCACUCGACUGGUGCGACAGCGAACCCAUUUCGGAACUCGCCAGAGCCAGCUUCAACCUCCACCGCUCCCUAGCCCUCGAACUCGACGGUACUCAAGCUUACGGCUACCGUCCCCUCAAUGCCCUCGGCCUCACCCUCACCGAGAAAAUCCAGAACCAGAGUCUCGCCACUAGCAGUAACAGCAACCUCCCUGCAUGGUUGGAUGGACCUGCAAAAGAUACUAAGACGAUGGGCACGACGGAGACCACCGCACAGGUCCACCCGCAGCUCUUCACAAGGACUCUGCUCUCAACGGCGGUGGCCAGUCAUGGGGUGGAGGUGAUAAUCGGAGAAGUCGAACAGGUGGAGGUUGAGGUGGAGGUGGAGGGAGGCCGGGCUCAAGGUGUAGUGCUCAAAGGCGGAGACCGGGUGAUUGCAGCGGAUGCGGUGGUGUUAGCCUUGGGCCCAUGGUCUUGUCGGAUGCCCCUGGUGUCCUCCCUUCUCAGGGUUUCAGGUCUCAAGGCUCAUAGCAUCGUCCUGGAGCCGCGAGACCCUGCUGCCAUUACUCCUCAUGCUCUGUUUCUCAGCUACUACUCGCUCCAGGGUGGCAAAUCCACGGACCCCGAAGUCUACCCUCGUCCUACAGGCGAGGUGUACAUAUGUGGGUCCACUGUGGAGGCUGAAGUACCCGACGGUCCUGAGCAAGUGGCAGUCGAGCCUGAGUCCAUUAAGAUGCUACAGAGGGUGGCGGCGUCAGUGUCAAGUCACCUGGAGGAAGGGGAAGCGCAUCUUAAGACCCAGCAAGCAUGCUUCUUGCCAUGUACAGAUGAUGGUCAACCGGCAAUCGGAGAGAUGCCCAACGUCAAGGGUUGUUAUGUGGCUACAGGGCACGGCUGCUGGGGAAUCCUCAAUGGCCCUGCCACUGGGGCUGCGGUUGCUGAGCUCGUUUUGGAUGGGCUAUCCUCCAUUGUUGAUCUCUCUCCAUUCAGUCCCGCCAGAUUCGUUGGCGUCCGGAAACAGUAGGCCUAGGCACCCUUACAAUUAGUUGCUAAUUGUUACUGCUUAAUAACUUGUAAUAACCAAGGAUUACCAUAACAGUGUCUUCCGGGCUCCUGUGGAAGAUGACAGAUGCAUUAAAAAUGGCACUUCGGACGACUUUUAAAUGCAGAGGGUUGGGCUGCAAUUUUUCAGUC